GCCCAAUCACGGGACACAAAAGGACACUUACGGUUUUAAUGAGCCCAAACACCCAACGAUCCACCCCUAAUUGCCCAGCCGCACGCAACCCGAUCCUUUGCCCCGGUGGCAGAAAGCGAACGCAGUACAAACGUACGCUCCCUGUCCGCAGCAGUAUGGUUCUGAUGAGGCUGUUCUGUUUUCGACUGUCCGUACGCCUCGGUUCAAUCAUUGUUGGAGGAUUCUGUAUAGUAAGCAUCACUGAGACACAUCCGUUGUGCCUGAAAGCCUAUUUAUAAAACGCAAAAUUGUCCAUUUUCUUUGCUUAUCUUGUGCCUCGAUGCAGCUAGAAACAAUCGUAACGAUGAUAGCGCUGGCAGCAUUGGGUGGUGGUCAAUUUUUAGAGCAAGAAGCAUUGUACUAUGAGGAAAACAUGCACCUGUACAACCCGGACGAUGUGUUCGUCUGGUUGAUUGGGGUGUGCAAAACGGAGGCCGCAAUGUUCUACACACUGAUUAUGAUCGGCAUGGCGCUGUACCUGCCCUGCUGCGGUACAAUGAUGGUGGGUGCAUAUUAUAUGAAACGCUACCUUCUAGUGCCGUUCAUAGUGGUGGAGCUGGCGAGACUGUCCUGCAUCACACUGACCCACGUGAUCGGAAUGAUGGUGAUUAAAAAAUCCAUUAACGUGGGCUACCUUAUAGCUCUCACCAUUGCCGGUGGAUUUGCUUUGUUACUGCUGUUCUACCUAUGGGCCUGUGUGGUGGCGUUGAUGCAGAUACUGAAAAUAGUCCGCUCGCCCGAGUACAUUGCCGUGUUCGGGGACAAUCCGUUAGCCCCGAUCGAUCCCGGCGAGACGACCCCGGCCGGUGCAUUUCCGACCGAUCCGACGACGGUCGAGUGGAACGGAAGUGGAUUUAAGCCGCUGCAGCGGAACACUAUCAGCAAGAACCUCGAGCGGUUGCCCCCGACGGCACUUACGGUGGGUCAGUUUAAUGGGCACAACAUGCUGAUCGAUGACUUUCGCCCCCUGCACAGUCGCUACACGCGCAGUUGGGCUAUUUAGAGUGGAAGAAUGGAAAAUUUACUAAAAUAAAAUUAUAUAAAAUAGAAAAAACUGCCUGUUAAUAUUUCCAAAUGUGCAAUUUUUGGCA